UUCCUCGCCCGUUCAGAUUAAGUCGCUUGUUAUUGUCAAAAAAAACAAUCACUUAUCAAGCAAAGUAAAAUGGUUCUCGAGGUUAACAUCAAUCAUCACUUUUUUGAAUUAUGUAAAGAAAUAAUUUGAAACAGAUCCACUAUUCUUUGAUGGCUUGCAAAAGUAAAACAAGUUCCCAAGAUUGGUUUUACUUCUCGCCACCUGAACCAAAAAAAAUCAGUGAAAAAGAUAUCCCUGCCCCUUCACAAAUACCUGGACUAUCAUACACUGACAUUAUAAGUGAUGACAAUGAGAAUCAGUGUAAACGCAGAUGGAUUAGAGAUGCUGACACAGAAUAUAUAAAACUUGCUAAAGCUGGUGGAAGGAAAGAUCUGUUUAAAUACAAAGAAAAUAGUCCAUGCAGUGAAGCUGUACUCUAUCCCCGCGUUGACUGGUUUGACCACGAUAUAACAACUCAUGACGCCAAAGAAAGUUCACCUAUGAAAGUACAGUGGCAACCGGAAUGGUAUGGGCACGAAGAACAUGUGAGUAACAAUGACCAUGUAGGGAGUUCGAAAAGACCAAUUUUAGGAUACGAUGAGUUGAGUAUAUGGGAAAGGGAAGAGCAAGAUCGCCGACUGCCUGAAAUAGAAAAGAAAAAGAAAACUCGCAAAAGUAAAUCAAUUAAUAAUAACAAUAAAGAAGAAACUAAAUUCCCAACGAUAUUACCUCGAGGAGGUCGAAAGAAAUCCAUUGAUAAUGGCGAAAUGUCUGACUUGUUAUCUUUUGCUUACCAAAAAGAGUUCAUCCAUGACAGCAAGGAGAGAAAAAUUGAAAGCAAGAAAAAGAAGAUAGAAGAACAGAGAGAAAUAAAAAAAAAACUGGAAAGAGAUCGAGAAAAAUAUAGCAGACAAAAGAUAACAGUUCAACAACCUCAUAAACCAUUAUUCAAGUUAAGCAAGUUUGGUAACAUACCUUCACGAAUAGAUAGUCACAGAACCUGAAUCAUUAUUACAUAUUACGUUAUAUGUUAUACAUAUUUUUUUAUUUAUUUUUUUAAAGAGUGUAAAUAUUUAAGGUUUAUGAUAAAUUGAUUUAAAUUUUUGAACCAAUAAAAUGAGCUUAGUGGUAUUUUUUAAAAGUGUUUAAAUGUUCUUUUAAAGCGGACGAUGUUAACAGAGUGUUCAAUAUUUUACGAAUUCUUAAACUCAAUUUAUUUAUUUUAAUAUAGAUUUCUUAAAGAUUUAAUAAUUUUUUCACGUUUUAAAUUAUUUUUAAUUCAAAAAUAAAGUGUUUACGAAAAAAUUAGUUACUCCAUGUUUUUGGUUUCAUUUAAUGAGAAUCGAAGGACUCCGUCUUUAUUAAUCGCAACAUAAAGUACUUGUAUGCAAAAGUGUUUUUGAUUGGGUCUCCCUACUCUCCAGUGGAGGAUUCGAAGUAUCGUAUGUAGAGAAAGAAUUUUGUGUGGGUAAAGGGAUGACCUAAGAAUCAAGGCCUUCAUCAGACGCACAGGCCUUGUUUCCUUUACCGCUUUCUGCUCGAGUAGUGAAAAUGAUCCGUGAUUGAAUCAAAACAACCCGACCUGGCGUAAGCGGUCGGUCAUUACGAAGGGUCUGUUUAUAACGAAAGGGUUACCUCUAUAUAAUUCUUUCUUGAUUUGUUUGUUGGCCAUGCUUAACAGAUUUGGUUAGUGAUUGAUAACAAACCACGAGAGAUUAUUAGCGAGGUGAAAAAGGAAAGGGAAAAAAUAUGCUGUCUUGUUGCUAAAAAAGAUUAAGUCACGUGAUUUUAUGGGAAAAUAUAAUUGGUAGGUGAAAGGCACCUGUAAUGGUGAGAUUUUAAUUGGUUAAGAGCGCCACUACGCCUCGGGUAAGUGACGUAAUGUACAGUUGGUGAGUAGCGAAUGUAAAAAAAGGCAGAGGGGCCGUGUUGGAGGCGUAGAACGCGCGCGCCUAGGAGUAAUCUGGGAUGAAUAGAAAACUAUGCUAACGAACGAGCUAGCGUGUAUGUACGGUGCAAUCACUCGAUGAAAUGUGCACAAGGGUAGAGUCUUGACUGUAAAUGGGUAAAGGAAAUGGUUUAUAUACCCUUCCCUCUUGUGUAUACGGACUCUCGAAAUGCGGGUAUACUGCAGAGCUGGCUGUAUUUGCUGGAGUAAAAAAAAUUUUUUGGCAAACGCACAUGAGUUUGUUGAGCUACGCGGCGAGUAGGGUCUGUUCAGGGCCAGAUGCGCAAGAAAGGGCCGAGAAAACUGAAAUUAAAAUAGCCAAAGGAGCAAUUCUAAAACCGAAAAUACGACUAAAAACACAAGGAGUUGAUAACAAAAAUUGAUAAAAUAACAAAAGUUGUAUAGACAGUCUUGUUAUAUAAUACAAGGUAUAAUAUGUAUUACGCAUAACAUGUUAAUUCGUUACAAAUAGAAUAAUAUCCAUUAUAUUUGAUCUGGACCACGUGGUAGCGGUG